AUGACCCUGCGCGGCGCGGGCGGGAGCUGCCCAUUCACGACAUGGCUGGGAUCUUGUCUUCUGCUGGCUUGUCUCCUAGUGGUCUGGAGCUUUCCUACUCAUGGCCCAGAAACUUGUAACCGUCUUAUUGGGGAUGAUCACAUAAAGAUCCUGCAGGACCUGAUUGACAGCCAGAUGGAAACGUCCUGCGACAUCACCUAUAAGUUUGCAGACCAGGACCAGCUGAACGAUUCCAUCUGUUACCUUAAGAAGGCGUUUCCCCUGAUCCAGGACAUUUUUUAUGAAAUCAUUCGUUUUAAGGACAAUUCUCACAAUGGCAAGACCUCCAAACAGCUGCAUGAGCUCUACCUGAGACUCAGGGAUGAUGAGUGUGUCAACAGGAAGCAUGAGAAGAGAGAUGAGGUUGGAGCUUCAACCUGUCCCGUGCCACCCCUGUUCUCAUCCCCUUCACUCUGCCACCAAGUAGCCCAAGCCAGGGGGAGGAAAGAAGGGGAAGGGAGAAGGCCUAGAAUUGGGGAAGGUAAAAUGGAAUGCACGAACAAGAGAAGAAGGCUUGGGACAGAUCUGCCAGAGCAGGCCAUUUCCAGUAGAAAGAGAUCCUUCUCUGGCAUCCAGACCUGUGUUAAGACUUUCAAUAACACCCCUGUCAAGAUACUGGAAAAGAUUCAACAUGUCUUUGUAGAAACCAAGAGGCUCCUUGCAGAGGACUGGCACAAAUUUGACCAAGAUUGCACGAAAGACUUUGACAAAUGUGUCAGCUCAGAUGUGGUGACCAAGCCUGAUUGCAACUGCCUGUCCCCCAGAACCACCCCUAGCAGUAAGCUGGCCUCUGUCCCCCAUAGCUCCCUCUCUCCCUCCACAGCCCCAGUGGCCGACUUGGCCUGGGGAGACUCUGAGGGGACAGAGGGCAAUCCCUUCCAGCCCAGUGACCUGCCACCUCAAACAACAGCCCAGGGCAGUGCCAGGCGCCGAGUCCCCCGGAGCACCUGUGGAAGCGUGGAGUCAAUGGAGACUGCGGGCACGCUCUCUGCUUCCCAGUCCCUGGUGGGAUCUGAGAUGGAGCCUGGGAGCAACAAGUCUCCCCCUGACUUGUCCGAUUCCCCUAGGAUGAAAGGCUUUCUCAACUCUGCACUCGACACUGACUCAGCAAUAGGGGAUGACGCCUCAGGUGAUGUCAGCCCUGGGUCUCGAGAAACAGAGGCUCCCCUUUUCCUGUUGGGAGGGGGACCUAUCCAGACAGGGACUGCAGAUCCAGAUGAGCUUCUCGCCACUCCCUCGACGCCUGUUCUUGCACAGGGACUGCUGGCCCAAGUGAGGAAUGACCACCUACAGGAUGAGGGCAGUAAGCCACUGGCUGGCCAGGCCAGAGAUUAUUCAUCAGAGGAGAUGGAUGGAGGCAUCCAGGGCCUGGGCUCACCCACUACCCAGCCGCUGCACUCUGAGGAAACCCAGGGCAUCUCCAGCCUUCCCGCUCAGCCUGGUUUCCCCUGGGGCAGUCCCCCACCCCAAGAGGAGCUGGAGGGCAAGAAAAGAACUAGGGUCCGGAGGAGCACUGCCGAGCUGGAAGGAGGAAGAGGAGGCCAAGGUUUGGAGAGAGACCAGGGCCCAGGCCGGGCCCCCAAGCCCUUUAACUCGCUUCCUUUGACUGACACAGGCCUCAAGAGGCAGAAUGUGGGAAGCCCUGUCCUUCAGUCCCAGGGUUAUGUCUCCUAUGUACUGGGAUCCAGCAUCCUCCUGGUCCUAAUAGCAGUGGGCGGCCUCCUGUUCUACAGACAGAGGCAGUGGAAUCGCCAUGAGCUACAGCCGGCAGAAACGCCAUUGGAGCAACCAGAGAUCAGCCCCCUGAAUCAGGAAGAGGACAGACAGGUGGAGUUGCCAGUGUAGAGGUCGUAAUGAGAUUGUAAGCUCCUUGAGAGCAGAGCUUCUGUUGCCUCUGGUUUUUGUACUUUCUAACCCAAGUGCCUAGUACAGGAUUCUAAACUUAGUGAACAUUCAAUAAAUGUUAUUGACUGACUGACCUAGG